AUGACCUCAACUCCAAAAAUCAUUUUCGUCCUCGGCCCCCCUGGUAUUGGGAAGGGAACCCAGUGUAUGCUUCUCGCCCAGUUAUCGAAUCCUCAUCGCCGCAUCCAUCACAUCAGCAUCGGCGAUAUCCUGCGCUCAGAGCUGCAGAAGCCAUCUAGUAAAUGGGCAUCGAUCAUCCGGGCCAAUAUGGCCGAAGGCCGAACAGGUCCACCCGAGAUGUCUGUUUCCAUGUUACAGGAAGCGAUUGCACGAAGGAGUGAGGAUAUUGAUCCCGCCAAAGAAAUGGUAUUCUUGAUCGAUGGAUUCCCUCGCAGUAUGGACCCCGUCGCUCUCUUCGAAUCCACAAUCUGUGCGCCAUCUCUCGUGCUCUCUCUACAUUCCGAAUUGAUGAUGGGGUUUGAAAUUAUGCAUAAGCGAUUUGGACAGCACGUUUGUGCUACUGGACCUGUUAUUGAGCAUUUUAGGGAGCGAGGGUUGCUGGCUGAGAUUGAUGCGAGUAGGAAUGUUGAGGAGGUGCAUCGGGAUGUUUGGGAGGCGGUGGAGGAGAUCUUGGGUGAGCAUCAAGGAUGA